AUGGUUGGGAAGUCCCUGAUUGCUGGUCUGGUGGUCCUUCUGGUGGCUGCAGUGAGCCUGUUCCUGGGGGUGUUCAUGGGCCUGGGGAAGAAAAACACGCCUCCCCCCACAGACUACUUCUACUCAAAGGCUGCUGUGGCUGCUGAUGCUGGGAAGUGUUCAGAAGUGGGGAGGGACAUUCUGAAGAAAAACGGUUCAGCCGUGGACGCCUCUAUCGCUGCCUUGCUGUGCGUCGGCCUUUUGAACGCUCACAGCAUGGGCAUCGGAGGAGGGCUCUUCUUUGUCAUCUAUGAUGCCACCACGGGGAAGGUGGAAACCAUCGAUGCGAGGGAGACGGCGCCCAUGAACGCCACUGAAGACAUGUUUGGCAACAACACCAAGCUUUCUCGUACAGGUGGAUUGUCCAUAGCCAUUCCCGGGGAGAUCCGCGGCUACGAGAUGGCACACAAAAGGCAUGGCAGGCUGCCGUGGAAGGACCUAUUUGAGCCCAGCAUUGCCUUGGCUCGGGACGGCUUUCCUAUAGGAAAAGCUUUGGCUCAUGCCAUCUUCAAGAGCAAAGAUUCCAUUCAAAGAGACGCCAACAUGUGUGAGGUGUUUUGUGAUUCUAAAAAAAACAUACUGAAGGAAAAUGACAUCGUUAGAUUUCCGAAGCUGGCCGACACGUACCAAAGAAUAGCAGAAGAGGGGCCGGAUGUGUUUUAUAACGGGUCAAUGGCACGCAGCAUCGUCGAGGACAUCCAGGCGGCAGGCGGCAUCAUCACCCUGGAUGAUUUGUUGGAGUACCAGCCUGUGCUGAACGAGAACCCUCUGAAGCUGAACGUUGGGGAAUACACCAUGCAUGUCCCAGACGCCCCCUCCAGUGGCCCUGUGCUGGCACUCAUACUCAACAUAGUGGAUGGCUACAACUUUUCAGACACAAGUGUCUCUACAGCAGAGAAAAAGACUCUGACGUACCAUCGAAUCGUAGAGGCUUUUCGGUUUGCUUAUGCCAAGAGGAGCAGACUCGGGGACCCACGUUAUCUCAAUAUUACUGAUCUCAUCCUAAACAUGACCUCAGACUACUUUGCUGACGGCAUAAGGAGUAAAAUUACAGACGACACCACCCACCCAGACAGCUACUACGAGCCAGACUAUUUUGUUCCAGACAACCACGGGACGGCUCACCUGUCGGUCAUAGCUGAGGACGGAAGCGCUGUGGCGGCCACCAGCACCAUUAAUCUAUACUUUGGUUCCAAAGUCAUGUCUCGAUCAACUGGAAUCAUUUUCAACGAUGAAAUGGACGACUUCAGCUCCCCGUACAUGACCAACGGGUUUGGAAUCCCUCCCUCACCGAACAAUUUCAUCCAACCAGGCAAGAGGCCGCUGUCUUCCAUGUGUCCUACCAUCAUCUUUGACAAAGAAAACAGAGUGAAAAUGGUUGUAGGAGCAUCCGGGGGCACAAAAAUCACCACAGCCACCGCUUUAGUCAUCCUGAACUCCUUGUUCUUCAACUAUGACCUAAAGAAAGCUGUGACAGAGCCGCGAGUUCACAAUCAGCUCAACCCAAAUAUGACAGUAGUGGAGCAGGGCUUUGAAAAGAGUGUUCUGGAGGGUCUCGUCCAGAAGAACCAUGUAACGCAGCUGCUGCCGACUCCCGACUCAGUGGUCCAAGCGGUGGUGCGGCAGGGAGAGCGUCUCUGUGCAGAGUCCGACCCCAGGAAAGGAGGCUACCCAGCAGGAUACUGACCAUGACUUCAGCACCUUCUCUGCUUCUCUCAGUCUGGACAGUUUCCUCAAAGAAAGACACUGGGAUGGAGCCACAAUACAAAAGGUGCCUGCACUGAGGACUGAAGCAGUGUUUAAGCUACGGAGACACAGCCACCACUUCCUUUUACUCAAACAUGGAAAAUGACUUCAUUCCAAAACCUCUUUUACUCAAACUCAAUAAGUCAGCAUUACUUUUCUUUUUUGGCAUCAUUUUUGAGUUUUGAAGUAAAAUAAGAGGUUGCACCGAGUUUGACUCCUGUAUCUUCACUACUGGAUACUGGUGAUGUUUUGGUGGAAGCCCAAAACCCUAUCUGCUUUAUGUAAUAAAUAAUUUUAACUAUGACACAGUGUCCAACAUAUUAUGAAACAACCAAAAAAAGUACCAAUAAUUAGGCAACUAAGAAAAUAUCUCAGCAGUGGCGCCCCUUUGGAGGGGAAAGGGGGGCCAUGGCCCCUGUGGUUUAAUUGCUGGCCGCCCCACUGGCCCCCUAAAAAAAUAUAAUGGGAGGCCAAAAAUGACUGUGUUUAAGAGGCUGUAGCACGUACCCACCAUGUCCACAUAGCUUGUAAGGGAGGGGGCUAAAUAACGCUUCAAAGAAAGGUUAAAUUUUGGCGAGGGAACAACUGGCAUGGCCUUUUUCAAAUAGGUCGUUUGAACUAUCAUCUCAAGAUAUCUGAAUGAAAAUGGGCUCUAUGGGUCUCCACAAUACUUGAGAAGGCUUGUACCCAAUAAAUAUGUCAUGCCUUACA